GUUGGUGGUGUACAGCGCAUAUAGACACCUUUAGAUGGAUAUUGAUCAGCAGUAGUCGUGUCUUAUAGAUCAGUGCAAAAUAUUUGACGAUGUAACAGCUUGGUUUGUUUUGCCUUGAAACUCCUUGUUGACAACAGCAUAAUAUUUGUGUCACCAUCAUAUCCUUUUAACACUAACCGUGAUCCGUUAAAAGCUGAACAUUGUUAUCUUGAAGCUUUUCUUGUCACCCAUCGUCAAUGUUUGAUAAUUAUUGUAGUUAGCUUAUUCCAAAGUAUUCGAUUCGAACAUGCAACAAGACGCAUUCCACGCCGAGAUCAGGAAUUUUAAAACUUUGGAAACUCCUAAAAGAGCUUGGAAGCGUAUUGGAGAAGGUCAUGAGAAGAAAAAAUUCAAGUAUCCUGAUCGAGAUAGUAAGAGCAAUACAUCGACUGCGAGAGUGCCGUUGACAGUUGUCAUUGUUGGGGCCGUGUGCAGUGCCUUCGUGUUGUCCCUCGUCAUGUAUAUUACAUGGAGGAGGUGCUACAGACAGCGCCGGAAGUCGUCCACCUACGAACAGAUCGUAUCGGAGCACAAGGCAUCCAACAUCCUCGUGGAGAAUGGCACUGUCGUCCCCGCCGCUUCUGUCAGUAUGAAGCAAAUUCCCUUCACGGUGCCUCCCCAUGGCUCAUCUCCUCGCCGAAUAGACCGAGGGUCUUCCGAAGAAGCUUUGUCAUCAGGGGGUCGCAUGUCGGAACCCUCUUCACCAGGGGGUAAACGUCCAUCUGUCGAAAUUCCAGGUGCCUACGCUCUCGGGAGCAUCGACCCAAGCCUUUAUAAAAUUGUGGACGAGGACGAUGAUUACGAAAUUCCCCCAGAACACAUAGGGAGGGUGUGGUUUGCCGUCGAAUACGAACGGGAGACAGAGAAACUGCUGGUGACCUUGAUCAAGUCCAAGAACCUUCCCACCCGACAGUACGGCAACAAUAGCAGCUGUGAUCCUUUUGUUAGAAUAUACCUGAUGCCUGACGAGAGACGUUAUCUACAAUCCAAAUUUAAAAAGAAGACAUGUAAUCCAAAAUUUGAGGAGAGCUAUGUGUUUCAAGUUUCCACCAGGUCCUUGCAGGACAGAGUAUUAAAAUUUACAGUUUACGACGUAGAUCGUCAUAAAAGGCACAACGUGAUUGGACAUGCGCUGUACCCUCUCAAGGAGCACGACGGAGAAAGUAACGAGCGGCUUGUGAUAUGGCGAGACUUGGAACGAGAAGUCACAGAGACUGUGACCAACAAGGGAGAGCUUCUAGUGUCGUUAUCCUACAACAACCAUCUGGAAAGGCUAACGGUGGGAGUGUUUGAGGGCCGUGCACUUAAAUCGGAAGGCGCAAACGAUUUCUUCGUAAAAGUAUGUUUACAUGUGCAGAACCGUGUUGUCAAAUCAAAGAAAACGGAAGUGGUAAAGAAGUCAGACUGUCCGAAUUUUAGUGAAUCCUUUACCUUCAAACUGCCAGUAGCAAAUCUGGACGCUGCCAGUCUCAACAUAACGGCCGUACAACAUAUAAGUGGACACAAGGACAAAGUGCUCGGUCGCGUGAUCCUGGGAUCGUUCAUGUUUGCGCGCGGAAAGGAACUCGAUCACUGGAAUGAGAUGGUGGCCAAUCAGAAAGAACAGAUAACACAGUGGCACGCCCUUGUAUGAAAAGUACGGAACAACAACAAUGCCAUACCAAGAUAUGGACCACAGGUUGCGCUGUUUGAACCAUUUAUGAUAAUGUUGUGAUCUAGUGGGGCCAAAUUGGAUAUUGACAGGACAGACAACUUGGAUGCAACAAUCAUUAUUCCGAGAAACGGAUUAUCUUUCGCACACGUUCAUAACAGGAAUGCUUAGGACGGAAUACCUCCGUGACCACGUUAUAUACCUAACGGACCGACUGGCUAGUUAACUCGUUGUUUUAUCUUUCUAUAUUACAAUUUGUUUACGUCAUAGUUACUUAACACACCUGGAUUCAAGUUUGUUCUUGCCUUAUUGAAGGGAGUUGUCCUGUUUACCACGCGUUACUAACAAAUCUAACUUAGACCUGUUGAUCUUCAACCCUACAGUGUACUGUAUAAAUGGUUAUAUGAUAUGUCGGUAUACCGGUAAAUGAAAGCCAUCUCUAAGAUCAAAAAUUGUUUUCACCAUUUUUUAUUAUUAAUAUCAUUGUUCAUCGUUUCGUUCUUGUACUUUGGAAAAGACACGAUGUAGUAUUUAAUUUUUUUAUGAUUGAAGUUUUUGUUUGUAUACUGGAUAAUGAUACCGCCUCUUAAGGGAAAUUGUUGUAUUCCACCACAGACCUUGCCAUGCAACUCCGCCUUAUCUCAGACAUAAUACUUGUUGCCGAAAACACGUUCUAGUCAUGUUUCCAGCGUUCAUAUCAAUACUGGCAUGCUGUGUGGGCAUACAGACUGAUAAACCCGUCAGCUCCCAAAUUUGAUGGUAGACUCGUCUGAUUCCGAAAAGGAAAUUGCCGCUUGAUUAACUGGCUUAACGUGAACAUAUAUCAGCAGGCAACGAUACCGUUUCGUAAUAUCAUGCCAUUUUCGUAAGAUAUAUCAGUUAUGAUGAUUUCCAAUGACAUACCAAAAAUAAGCGAUGACGCAUCUGCAAUAGAACCGAUAUCAAUAUCAGUAGGUCUAUUUAUCAAAUGAUUGCCAAGUUAUUCAGUUAUCAUACCAAAGUAACACUUUUGUCCAUUCCACCUAUAUACUAUACAGAAGUGUAAACAUAAGUAUACAUUGAUGCUGAGGAUAACGUACCCCCAGCAUAGACAAGAGCCCUCAUGUAGAUAGCAUUUUUGGAAAAUUCAAUGUAGAUACAUUCAAUAUUAUAAUGAAAUAACCGGAAAAAUAAUUUUACUCAUUUUUGUAAGUCACUUUUCUCUGUAUGUAACCUAUUGAUGUCACACGCUCAUAUUGUGACGUAAUAAUGGAGACGAUUGAGUCGAAAUGAUUUAAGUUUCUCAUGAAAAUAUCAGUUUUCGACAAUAUUUGCCUGAAUAAUCGAUCAUGUGACAAAAAGAAAAAGAUCAUAAUUCAUUCUAUUUGAUAUGUGAAUUAUGAAAACCAUCACUAUGUUUUCAUUUUAGCUUGCCAGAGGCUCGCUAAAAUAAAAAAAAAUCUUUCAUGAAUCACAUACCAAACGGAAACGCAUGUACGUUGUAAUAUAUCAGAUGUAUUACUAUAUACGUCUUUAAAUUGUUUCUCCCGUUGUUCAGCUGGUGCCUUGGUGCUAGUCCUGUUACCAUAGUUUGUAAACAAUUGCGAUUUAGUUUUUUAUUUGUUCUUUCCAUUGGUGCAUUAAUUUGUUGAACUGUUCGUGUUUAUCCUUACAAAAGUAGUUUCUGACAAUACAUGUCCUUCAGAUUGCCAUCUAACUAUUGGCGGAAAGAAGAGGGGUAAGAAAUGCCAAAAUUGAUUUUAAAUUAUGUUUAUAUUAAGCACGUAUCUCCCACUGCAUGUAACCAUCUGCAACGGCUGCUAUAACGGUUGGAUGUCCGAAUUUAUGAAUGCCUUGCUUUAAAAUAUCACUACCGUGAAAAUUAAACGGCUUCAUGGAAGUUAUAAGGAUGUACAAAUGCUAAGGUAUUUUUUCUUCUUCCUUCACACGUUUAAAUGUUGCAGUUUAUUGUGAAACAAUCAUUUUGAUUCGUUAAUUAUCAGCAUUUGUUAUCGUUAAUUUCGUCAAUGUGUCAAGUUACUUUAAGUAUCCGCACUGAUGAUAUCUAGUAUACUCGCACUAUAGUUACCACGUCAUUUAGUAUACUUUCCACACACACACUAUAGUUACCACGUCAAAAUCGAUACUCUACACCGAACACACUUCAGUAACCACGUCAAAAUUGAUUCCACCAAACACGCUUCAGUUACCACGUGUAAAGAUGAUACUAUCCACCGAACGCACUUCAGUUACCACGUCAAAAAUUUAUCCUCUCCACCGAAUGCACUUCAGUUACCACGUCAAAAAUUGAUCCUCUCCACCGAACGCACUUCAGUUACCACGUCAAAAAUUGAUCCUCUCCACCGAACACACUUCAGUUACCACGUCAAAAGUGAUUCCACCAAACACACACUACAGUUACCACGACAAAGAUGAUACUAUCCACCGAACGAACUUCAGUUACCACGUCAAAAAUUGAUAUUCUCCACCGAACGCACUUUAGUUACCACGUCAAAAAUUGAUACUCUCCACCGAACACACUUCAGUUACCACGUCUAAAGUGAUACUCUCCACCGAACACACUUCAGUUACCACGUCAAUAUGAAUUUGAUCUGGCGUAAAAGUAUGCAGUUACACAUAUUUUACUGUGAUGACUAUAAGUUACAUAGGAGCAUGUGAUUAUGGGGGGAUUUAUGUCAUUUUUACCAUUUUAAUAUAUAAAUCAUGUUACUGUUAUGGAAUUUAUUUUAUUUGAACAUCAUAUACUGGUAAUUAUAGAUAAUCAUUUUAAAAAGGUUAAAAUUGUUAGCACAAAGGAAAUGUGUAUAUCAUAUCGUAAAUCUAGAAAUCGUCGACGAAACAAACAGAAAAGCGUAUGGGUGCAGCAUGAUUGUAUCAAUUUUCACGUCAAUAUAAUUUCAUUCAAAUCAAUAUCAAGAUCGCGACAGCCAAAAUCAGCAUUGACAUUUAAUGUAAUAAUUUUAGUAUCUUAACUUUAAAUUUAUGAUCAUUGGUUUUAAACUGUUGUUCUAUUAUUUCAUUGAAUAUGCAAAUGGAGGUUAUUAUAAAGCGCAAUGAAAUAUUGACGAGAGUAUAAUAUGUAUACCUGUGUAGUUGUCAGACUGUGCCGGGCGUGAAUACAACAAGUUUUUAAACUUAUUGAUCAACAUCCAAAGAAAUUGUCUAUAUUAUAUAUGAUACAAUCCAUAAUGUCUGAUCUGUUGUGUCAUCAAAAGUUUGUAAUGUUUUGAAUUACGAUGACGUCAUUUUAACACCAAAGAGGUUGUUUUUAAUCUACGUAGGGAUAUUAACUUAGAUAGGACGACCGUCUAGAUUAAAAUGUACUAUGGUAACUGUUAUGAUUACAGUGGCCUUAAACUUAUUUGUUUAAAUAUCAUUACCCGAUGAGUCAAAAUGAUAUGUACGUACAAAUGUAUAUGAUAUAUAUGAUUAUAACAAUACUUAUUACCUGUACAUUGUGCUGGCGUCAUGUACUUUAUUAAAAUGUGUA